AACGAACUCGAGUCCGCCGCGUUGUGGGCGUUGUUUGAGGGAGAAACAGUUGAAACUUUUGUAUCUUGAAAAAUUAAUGUGUUGAUGUCUCUCAUGUGUAAGGUAUCUCAACAAGUCUUUGAGUGUGAAAUCCUGAAACCUUAAAUAAUGAAUGAAAAAGCUGGAAAGAAAUAUGGUCUUAUUAUCAAGAAAAAACCAUCAGCUUUCCAACAGAAGCAGUCUGUUUUCAAUGAAGAUGAUUCUGACAGUGAAAUGCAAAGUGAACAAAAAAAUGUAAACCACAGCAUUCGAGCUGAGGCUGCAAGAAAGAAACAAAUAAGACAGACGGAAGUGGAAAUGGAGAAAGUUUUGGCAGAGGAUCCUACAGCUUAUGACUAUGAUGCUGUUUAUGACAAAAUGGCUGAAAGAAAGGCUAAUAUGCUGAUUGCCAAAAAUGCCAAAAACGAUAAAAAGCCCAAAUAUAUCACUAACCUUCUCAAAUUUGCCGAAACAAGAAAGAAAGAAGAAGAACGGCGAAUUGAACGACAGGUUCAGAAAGAACGUGAAGCCGAAGGCUCUGAAUUUGCCGAUAAAGAUGCAUUUGUUACGUCCGCUUAUCGCCAAAAAAUGCAAGAAAUGAUGGAAGCCGAAGAGCGUCAAAGACGACAGGACGAGUUAGAUGGUGACGUAACGAAACAGACUGACUUGAGCAAGUUUUACAGAAAUUUACUAGAGAAAAACGUUUCAGCCGGUGGCUCGUACAAUACCGAGCAACGCACGGAAACUACCGAAGAUAGAGGGAAUGAGAAACGGAAACGGUCGGGUCACGUCGAAAGUACGGAUUCAAACAGCGAGCGAAGUAUUCAGGAUAGAGAAACUAGUAAUGCAGAGAGAAUGCGAGAUAAAGAACCUUUUGAAAAAGAUGAAUACAAGAAAGAUCGGCAUGUUUCGGAGGAACGGCUACACGAAACACAUGAAUGUCGAGAAAAUGAAAAGGAGAGUAAAAAACGAGAACGAGAUGAAUCUGUAAACAGAGCAAAAGAACAGCAUGAGACGGAGGUAAUUUUCUCAGACAAGGAUUGCAAUAGCAAAAAUCCAGAGGUAAGUGGCAGUAAGGAUGACACAAAAUUAAAGACGAAGUUCGUUAAACAUUCGUCCGAUGCAACCGUCAUGUCUGCUAGAGAAAGGUACUUGGCGCGUAAGAAGUCGCGUAUCGUGAAGAUAGCAAACUCAGACGAUGAAGAUUAGUUUCUAGCUGAAAAUUAAUUUUAAAUUCUCAGCUAGAUUAAUUUUUGAAUAUACCCUAGCCUUUAAGUGGCGAGGUUCUGCAAAAUUCUUAUGUUAACAAGUAAUAACACCAUGCCAAUGGAAUAGAUAAAGACAACAGAAAGCAAAAAGUACGCCCAGUUUCACAAUCGACCGAAAUAAAACACUCAAGCGCGACUCCAUUAAAGCCUAUAACAAUGUUUUUAUCUUUAAAGAAUUACCAAAACACCAUGUUUUUUGUUCAUUACGACCGUGCAUUUGCAUGUGCUGGGUGUCGUCCAAUACUAAAUCAUACAAUGCUUUGAAAAUACUUGGCAAAAUUGAUUUAUUUAAUUACCAUUGCAAUUCGUCA